GCCAAUGGGCGACGGCAAUUCAACUUUUGACGCGGUAUUCCUGCAGCAAUGCAGGCAUUUUUUGAGCUACUCCGGUGGCGGUGACUGACAUAUGGGCCCGCAGGAUUCCGGAAGCUUUCCCGUGAGUGCAAUAUCCGAGACCGUGCACCCGGUCCACAUGAACCAGGCCUCCUCUACACAGAACCCCAAGGCAGCAAACAAGGCCCAUACCCACGAUGCUGCUCCGGCGACUCCUAGGCCAAGGCCGCUCCGCUGCCGUAUCCGGCCGCCUCCGCCGCUCCCUCUCCACGGCCGGCGUCUCGCAGUACCCCUCGUGGGCCAUGAAGCACCAGACGUUGCCGGCCACCGCUUCGGUGCCGCCGUCGCGCUGGGCGCGUCCGUGCAGCUCGCCGACCCUCCGCGCGAGUCCUUCCUGCGAGUCCCGGAGUACCUCCUCAACGCCAGCGCCCGCCCGGACCCCAGCAGAAGCAGGUCCAAGCAGUACUUCGCCGGCGACAUCUGCUCCGCGAGCGGCGACGGCUUCCUCCUCAUCAGCUACCUCGACACCCGGGCCACGGAUCCCGUCCUCGACAAGGAAGCGCGCCAGGUCUACGGCAUGGACCCCGACCACGUCCCCGACAUCACGCGCUUCGUCUGCAACCCCGUGACCGCCGAGCUGUCCCGCCUCCCGGACAUCGACGGCACCUCGAAGCUCUUGUCCGGCGGCACCACCAACAUGGACCUGCUCACCCGGGCCGAUCGCCACGGGCGGCCCGGCCCGCCUGACAGGUACGCCGUGGCCGAUUUCGUCGAGGACAGCCGGCAUUGGGUCAUGGAGCGGUUUCUCUCGGAGACACAGGAGUGGGAGAUCGUGGUGAGCGCGCCGUUCAGGCUGCCGCGUGCGCCGCGGGGCAUGUGUCUGGAACAGGAGGCGCUGGCCUUCGGCGGCCGGCUGUGGUGGGUGGACUUGACCUGGGGCGCCAUCUCCGCGGACCCGUUCGACGACCGCCCGGAGCCCCGCUUCGUGGAGCUGCCGAGGGGCAGCGUGCUGCCUGAACGCACGGAGAGAAGCGUGGUGUUCGCGCAGGGGCUGCCCAGGUACCGGCGCAUGGGGGUCAGCGAGGGGAGGCUGCGCUACGCCGAGGUGUCCCAGCGGGAGCCCUUCGUUCUCAGCUCCUUCGUGUUCGACGAGGAGGGCAGCGGCGGCUGGACGCUGGAGCACCGGGUGGCGCUCAGCCGGGUCUGGGCGGAUGGAGGAGAAUAUCCGUGGUUGCCUCUGCGAGGGAAGGAGACGCCGGAGAUUGCCGUUCUUGACCCGUUGAACGCCAGUGUCAUGUACCUCGCUGUCGGCGAGCACUCCGUCGUCGUGAACAUCCGCAUUGGCGAGGUGAUUGGGAGUUCUCUGCUUCAGUUCGACGGCGAUCAUUUCGUACCAUGCGUGCUUCCGCCGUGGCUUGGGUCGAGCCGGAUCCCUUCAGCAGGUUUCUUGGAACUAAGAGAGGCAGUUGCUCUGAUCAAUUAGGAAGCUGAUGCUGGUACCUUACAGAACUCUUCGUGGUUUGGAAAAUCCAAGGAAUUUUGGGUUUGUUGAAGUUUGCCGAUAAACUUACUGUAUCUUGUUCUAGGGAAAUCUGAGUGUUUCCAGACUUUCGGUUCUCAGUAGAAUGAAAGUAGCAUGUAAGGACCAUCAGCAAACAUCAAGCAUGAUAGGUGUAUGCUUCUUAAAAUCCUUAGGUCUUCCUUGAUAAAUUAUCAUCCGGAACAAUAUAACUAUUAAGCACUGAAAUAGCUUCAUAAUGUACUGGCCAGUUAUUACAGAGUUGGAACCAUUGACUUCCUAUAUAUAUCUACAGUAUAACUAUGCUCCUGGCCAUCUAAUUGUGAUUGAACUCUGAAAUGUUAU